AUAACAACAAUAGCGUCUCUCGAUUACGUUUUCAAAAGAGCAAAAAGAUUGUUCCUUGUUGAGAGGAGGAAGUCUCUCUCAGGGUUAGGUCAUGGCGUCGAAACGGAUCUUGAAGGAGCUCAAGGAUCUCCAGAAAGAUCCGCCAACCUCUUGCAGCGCAGGUCCUGUGGCUGAAGACAUGUUUCAUUGGCAAGCAACAAUCAUGGGUCCACCUGAUAGCCCGUAUGCUGGUGGAGUCUUUCUGGUCACAAUUCAUUUUCCUCCAGAUUACCCAUUCAAGCCACCUAAGGUCGCAUUUAGGACAAAGGUGUUUCACCCUAACAUCAACAGCAAUGGAAGCAUUUGCCUUGAUAUUCUGAAGGAACAGUGGAGCCCUGCCCUAACCAUAUCCAAGGUGUUGCUAUCAAUUUGUUCACUGUUGACGGACCCAAAUCCCGAUGACACAUUGGUACCGGAGAUUGCCCACAUGUACAAGACUGACAGGGGCAAGUACGAGACAACUGCAAGGAGUUGGACCCAGAAGUAUGCUAUGGGCUAAGCUAGCUGCUAUGCAUGUGAAUAUGCGAUGUGGAGCUUCUUACGGGGUGGAUUUGAUCUUUUUUAAGUUAUUGUGUAUGAAUCAGUAUGUGUCGUGUCUCCUUUGAUUCAGUGGAUCAAGGCCCUCUAAGAUUUGCUGGUUUAAAUUGUUUGUAUGAGAAUUUAUCUUAAAAACUUUGGAGAACUCUUUAUAUUCUUGUAGUCCUGGCGAACCCUUGCUCUCUCCUCUUUAACACAAUUGGAUUUAACUGCUACUUUAUAUACUGGAGAAGAGAAGCAUUUCCAUUGGACUUCGAGGCCAAUAAGUCCAAGGAAUCUUU